AUGAGAAGAGCUCUACAACAAACUCAGUUGGAUCAGACAACUGAACUUGCGAACUGCUCGUUAAGCACACUGCCCACAGAGACCAUUUCUGUGCAUGAAGAAAAUGAUGUGUUAUACCGUCUUCUCGAACUCUUGCCUGAGAAGUAUAUGUCUACAAGUCCCCAUGAGCAGCGAAUUCCUGAGGCUCUUAUCCUUCGUAUUAUCCGUGAGGCAUAUACUAUUAUUACGAGUGAACCAGUUGUCGUGCAAAUUGAGUCCCCUGUGUGUAUAUGUGGCGAUUUGCAUGGGCAGUACUACGAUCUUGUAAAUAUUUUUAGCCGAAGACCACCUUUGGGAGGGAAAGUUUUGGGGCUAGCGAAUCACGCUGGACCGGCCCUACGACAUAAAAGGAAUCGAAGUUGUAGCGAAGAUGCUUCAGCUUCGCAUCACGGUGAAUUGAAAUCUACUGAUGGUCCAUACGAUAGAUAUCUUUUUUUGGGUGAUUAUGUUGAUCGUGGGAGUCGUUCUAUCGAAGUUGUGGUUACAUUGUUGGCAUUGAAGAUCAUAGAGCCGUCACAAAUAACUCUUUUACGUGGAAAUCAUGAAGAUGAGCAAAUUAUGCUUCUUUAUGGGUUUUUUGAUGAAUGCAAAAGACGAUAUGGGGUGAGACUAUUUCGCAUCUUCACCGAUUUAUUUCGCGUAUUGCCCGUUGCUGCCGUUGUUAAUGGCACCAUUUUUUGUAUGCACGGUGGGCUUUCGCCGGAGUUAAAAUAUGUAAAGGAAGUACCAGAUGUGCGCCCGUGCAAUGUACCACAUAGUGGUAUCAUUUGCGAUUUACUGUGGUCCGAUCCAGAGGCUGAGCUUCCGCCAAAUGUUGAUUGGGCACCAAGUACCCGUCGAAUAUCUUCUGUCUUUUCAGCCAAAGCGCUGGACAAGUUUCUUAAAGAAAACAAUUUGGAUAUGGUUUGCCGGGCCCACCAAGUUGUAGAGGAGGGUUUUCAAUUUUUCCCCAGCAACACGAAGCGUCAUCUACUCACAAUAUUCUCGGCAACAAACUAUUGUAACGAGUUUGGAAACCGUGGUGGAGUGUUGUGUGUGGACAAGGACGGGGUGUGUAGCAUUUUAAUUCUGGAACCCCCGAAUUUUCAUCAACAGCGAAUCAUAAUGAUGAAGCGUGAAGCCUUACCCAAUACCCAACAAGGUCCGUGGGAUAUAGAUGGAUAA